AUGGUCAAACUUCAACUUCUAGUCAUGUCGGUCUGUCUCGGCGUUGGACGUGGCCACAGCAAUGCGGUGAACUUGUUGUCCGCUGCAGUCGCUACAUCUGCUGUGAAGUGUGCGAAGGAGCCGACGCAGCGUGUGGACUGCUACCCGCCACGGGCUAAUUUUCCGGGCCCGACGGAGGAGUUGUGUCUGGCUCAAGGUUGUUGCUGGAAGAGCUUAGAGAAUGGAGGUAUACCCUGUGCGUUUGCAGUCGAUGAGCCCCCGAGUGAAGGAAAGUGCAAAAGUGUAGCCAAACCGGCACGUCUGGCGUGUCGAAACCCGAGAUUUGCUUCCUCUAGCCUGCUGGAAGAUGCUGAGGUCUGUGAGUCUGCAGGCUGUUGCUUUGACGAUGGAGACUGUUUCCAGCUUACGAGUGACGGAUAUGAGCUUCUUACACUGGAUGAGACUAGCCAUGGCUGGCGCGGAACACUCGCCCUGCGUCAUGGAGGACGUGGACCGUUUGGGAACGACGUGCCACUGCUGGAGCUGAAUGUCGUCCGGGAAUCGUCGAGUCAAGUGAGGAUUCGUAUCACCGAUCCAGCCUUCCCGAGAUAUGAAGUACCAGAUCUGCCAGUGCGACGUCACGCAGACAAAGAGGGGGAGACUGGCAAGGAGGAUGAGUACAAGGUUCACUUUACUCCGUGGCCAUUUGGAGUGGCUGUAACUCGUCGAGACUCUGGAGAAGUGUUGUUUAACUCCACUCCGCCAGUUAAGAGAGCAGAGGGAGGUGAAAGCUUCAGUGGUCUAGUGUUUGAGAACCAAUUUCUCGAAAUCUCGACGCAGUUGUCAGCAAGUGAGGAAGACGACCAGCCUAUUCUCUAUGGACUCGGAGAACGACUGGGGUCGGCGCGACUUCGAGCGGAUGGAAAUGGGGAUCUCUAUCCAAUGUUCUCACGUGCGCCGAAUGCUUCCGCUCCUGUUCAUUCUCGUAGUGGUGGAGACAAUUUGUAUGGGGUCCACCCGUUCGUUCUUCAAUUGGAGGAUGGCAAGUCUGGCAAUGCACACGGAAUAUUCGUGCUUUCUUCGAACGCAAUGGAGGUGCUGGCACGUCGUGAUGCACUGACAUACCGACUGACGGGUGGAAUUUUUGACAUAUUUGUGUUCUCUGGUCCAACACCGCAUAAAGUAAUUGAGCAGUACACGGAUAUCGUGGGUCGUCCAGCGAUGCCUCCGUAUUGGGCUUUGGGCUAUCAUGUCGGUCGUCGUGGAGAGGCAACGUCAGCUGAUGAAGCAAUGAAGGUCGUCACACAGCUCCGUAUGGCUGGCGUCCCCAUGGACGCGUACUGGCAAGACUUUGAGUAUAUGGCGGAUAAUGGGCGAGCAUUAUCCUUGGAUGAGACGAAGUUCUCGCAUGGUGACAUGCAGGCGUUCAUUGAUGACUUGCACUUCCACUCGCAGUAUUUUGUAUGCGUCCAAGUUCCGGCCAUCACGAUGCAAGAAACUGGCCGUGGUGAUCACAGUGAGGGUGGUAAAAGAGAUUGGGAUCCAGUAGCGCGGGGCGAAGAGCUGGACAUUUUCGUGAAAGGAGUGAACGGAGAGCGCUACGCGCAGAAGGCUUUCCGGUCUGGUUGGGCCGUGUUCGUUGACUUUUUCCACCCUAAAGCUCCACAGUUUUGGCACGAACAGCUCGCCAAAUUCCACAAGUACGUGAUGCCUUUCGAUGGUUUGUGGCUCGACAUGAACGAACCCAGCAGCACGUGCGACUGCGCUCUAGCAGCCAAAGACGAUAUCUGCUCUCAUAUUUGCCAAGAGUGCCACUCGGCCGAAUCGUCUAGUGACGAGAAGAUGGUAGAGUUGGAGCAAGUUGCUGUACCGGGCGACGGAGGCUUCAUCCGCACGAACGACGUGAAUUUUCCGUUUGAUCCGUAUCGCCAGCCUUUCGCUCCGGGCCAAAGCGAGCCGAAUAGUGGAGGUCACGGCAAUCUGAACUCGGGUACUCUACCGAUGGCUGCACUGCACCAUUCGUCACUACACUACAAUCUCCAUUCCUUGUACGGCCACGCACAGGCUCGAGCCACACACGAUGCACUGAGCUCCAUUGUCAAGAAACGGAGUGUGCUACUGUCUCGCUCAACGUUCUCUGGGACUGGUCGAUAUGCUGGUCACUGGGUGGGCGACGACGCAGAAGCUUCGUGGGAGCAACUUCGCUUGUCGAUCUCUGGGACUUUGCAGAUGAAUCUUCUCGGUAUUCCACUUACAGGCCCCAACGUCUGUGGAUCUCGCGGGCGCUCUUCGACGGAGCUUUGUGUCCGUUGGCAUCAAGCAGCUUCGUUCCUGCCACUGCUUCGCAAUCACGCAGAAAGUGACGGAGGCAAGCAAACGCCUGUGGACUUCGACGCCGACGCUCUGAAUAUCUUGCGAUCGACUUUGCUGCGACGGUAUCGAUAUCUGCCGUACAUGUACACGCUCUUCUACGAGGCGCAUCGCUCGGGCAGUCCUGUCGUUCGACCCCUUUCGUUCGAGUUCCCAGGUGACAAGAACGCUCGAGAUAUUGAACACCAGUAUCUUCUCGGGCCGGCGCUGAUGGUCUCGCCUGUUGUACAUGAAGGAGCAAUCUCUGCAGAGGUGUACUUCCCUGAUGCCAAAUGGUACGAUGCUCACAAUGGAAAGUUGGCGCUGGAUGCCGCUGGAGACAAUCGACGUGUCAGCCUGUUGACUCCUCUUCCCAAGCUCCAAGUUCAUCUUCGUGGAGGGUACAUCAUCCCGACGCAACAAUCGCUGACGACUACGGCUCGGUCUCGUCGUGGGGCGCUUACGCUUCUAGUAGCGUUGGACACGUCGCAGAAGACUCCAUCGGCCUAUGGAGAGUUGUACGUGGACGACGGAGACUCACUUUCAGCAGUGGAAGAUCAUCGCUACUCGCUGAUGCACUUCGGUGUACUGCAAAAUUCGAGUGAUACCGUUGACUUCAAGAACUCCAUCAAGUUUCAUGGAUAUGCUGGGCCAGAGAUGCAAGCAGACCUCAAGGAGGUUCGUGUGUAUGGUGUACGUGGAGAGGGUUUUGCAGCGAACUCGUCGAUGAAUGCGACGCUCUUGUCGUCUAGUGGUGAAGGUUCUCCUCGGGAGCUCGCAGUCAAGGCGGAAUACUUCGCGCAAUCCGAAAUGCUAGUGCUUUCUCGAUUUGAUGUGCCUGUGGGGCAGGAAUUCCACGUGAAGGUGGUGGCUCAGCCUGCUGCCACGCCUGAAGGCGGGAAGAAAGAAACGGGUGUAGGUGCGAACGCUUCUGGAAAAUCUGGGAGUGAAGAAGAGGCUGAAAAGGGGGCUGCGGGAGGCAACACACCUGCUGAGAAGAAGAAGAAAUCCAUAUUUUCAGUCACCGGAAUUGUGGGUAUUGUGGUGGGUUGUGCCUUCCUGGCGGCAAUCAUUUUGGUCUUCUUGCUACGUCGUCGUCGUCGGGGGUACAAUACACUCUGA